GUAGUUAGUUCACGUUGCAGAAUUGCACAGCGGAAUGUCAUCUCGCUCAGAUCUGCCCAAGUGAGGAAGUACCCUACAGAAGACCACUAUCAUAACAAUCCCAAAUUUGCUACUUACUUACAUUGUAGAAAAAUGUUAAUAAAGGGUACACAGAUGUUCAGAAAGCGGUGGUACGUAUUGGUGGCCGCGGGUCUGUGUGCGCUCUACCUCUACUCCACGUUGGACACCUCGCUACCUAGCUUCGGGGGGCAACGGAGAUUGGACGUCCCAGGUACCUCAUCUGUACCACUUUCCAGUGUAAUAGAAGAUGACGAUAAACUAUUGGGUACAGAUAUAAAGAACAGAACUGCUAUUAUAGAAUUCUUAGAGAAGAAGUUACAGAAAGCCCUAAAAUGGGACAAAGGGACAGGCUGCAAGGUCCCGAAACUGGACCCCUACUCAGACGACAUGGCCUGGUCUUACAAGAAACUGGGACCCCUGAAAUGCAAGGGACAAGAUUGGGUGAAGUGCUAUCAUUCCAAAUGUCGCGUUGUAGACUCAAUACGAGACACACACACAAGCAUCCAGUGCGAGUACAAAGACAUUAUCUACAAAGACGAUUUCCACUACGACUUCGGGAAACCCACUGUAGUCAAAGAUGGCGAUGUAUACCAGCUGUCAGCCAGUGAUCACGUCAGCGUACAAUGUACAGGAACUGUGCCAAGUAUGGGAAAGACUGAAAAAUGGUCAGGUAACACAAUCGGUUUCCGCCCUGUCUCUCCAGCCAAACCCCUGGAUGACCACAUCAACGUGAUGGUCCUCGCGUUCGACUCCACCCCUCGGAGCGGCUUCAUCAGACUCAUGCCCGAGAGCUGGAAGGUCAUUAAUGAGGAGUUGAAGGCUACGGUCAUGGAAGGGUACAAUAUAUUAGGUGACGGAACACCAGCCUGUCUCUUUCCGUUUCUUACUGGCAAGACAGAGCUAGAACAACCGGAUGUGCGGAGAACUAAACAGAACAACAGGACAUUGGAUGACUUCCCUUUUAUAUUCAAGCAUGUAAAGGAAGAAGGGUAUGCCACAGCAUACAUUGAGGACAUGCCCCUCGACAACACAUUCACGUUUCGUUUCAACGGCUUCAAGAAACAGCCCACCGACCAUUACUACCGCGCGUUCCGAAACGCGAACAAGCGACUUUUUAAGGGUUGGAACUUUUGCUACGGAGAUACCCCGCAGUUUAAGAUGAUGAUGAAUUUGACGGAGCAGUUUCUGGAGCUCGAAGGAAGGAGAUUCAUCUUCACAUUCAUCGGGGAUAUUUCACACGACAAUUUCAACUACAUACAGUACGCUGACGGAGACUUGGCGACUUUUUUGAGGCAUCUGAUCAAACGGACCGAGGAUACGCUUAUCAUAGUCAUGGGAGACCAUGGGCCCAGAUACGCAGCGGUCCGCAAGAAGCAUUCCCUCCGCGGCAAACUCGACGAACGCCUCCCCCUCCUCGCUAUCCGCCUCCCGGACCGCCUCACGCGCGCGCGCCCUGACGCGUUAAGCGCGCUUCAAGCUAAUUCGCGAGUAUUGACCACUGCACAUGAUUUACACGCGACUAUAUUGGAUGCAGUGGGCUUGAGGAAGCAUUGGAACCCGUACAAGGUGGUGGGGGCAGAUUUGAGAAGGGGACUGUCGUGGUUAGAGCCGAUCCCCAACAGCCGAUCCUGCAGCGAGGCCGGCAUCGAGACGCACUGGUGCACCUGCCUGGUCUGGCAGAAUGUCUCCGAAUCCGAUCCCAUGUACAAAAGGGCUGCUAAUGCGCUGAUAGACUACAUCAACAAGUUUACAGAGGAUGCUGCAACCAAGUGCGUCCCUCGCACUGUAGCGUCUAUAAGUUGGGUGCUCCGACAGCGUGUCAACAACCGACUCCUCGCUUUUAAUACCGCUAUAGAUUACGACACUUACUUGGGACGGUUCAACGCCAAAACAAAAGUCACUAUAGAGAAUUUUCAGAUUGGAAUCGAGUCAAGCCCAGGAGGCGCUGUAUACGAAGCAUCCCUGACCUACAAUGUUCAAGAUGACAAGUUCAUAGUACAGUCGAGGGAUAUCUCAAGGGUCAACGCAUACCGCGGUGAAUCGGAUUGCAUCCUCGACUCUCACCCACACCUCGCUCCGUACUGUUACUGCAAAGGUUGACGAACAGACUGAAGUUAUGUUAUAUGCAAAGUUAUGUGUCUCUUAUUUAUUAGGACGCGGGUUUCCCCUAUUCCGCACCCUUUAUGAUGUCCAUACUCACAGUUUUUUAGGGUACCGUACCCAAAGGGUAAAAACAGGAUCCUAUUACUAAGACUCCACUGUCCGUCUGUCUAUCUGUCCGUCACCAGACUGUUUCUCAUAAACCGUGAUAUCUAGACAGUUGAAAUUUUCACAGACUCCACUGUCCGUCUGUCUAUCUGUCCGUCACCAGACUGUUUCUCAUAAACCGUGAUAUCUAGACAGUUGAAAUUUUCACAGAUGAUGUAUUUCUGUUGCCGCUAUAACAACAAAUACUAAAAAGUAUGGAGUCCUCGGUGGGCGAGUCCGACUUGUCCAGUUAUUUCAUUAUUUAGGGUCGAUACAGACAGACUGCAACCCGACGGCAUUUUUUAUGGGAACCACACUGAACGCCAACUUUUUUGAAAUUGCAAUUCGUCUGUACCGGGUCUUAGAUAUUUUUUAUAUAGGUAGUUUAAGUUGUAUGGAUGGCAAAUAAUGUGUUCGACGGAAAACGAUGCCAAAUAAUAAAUAAGCUUUUCUAGUUAUUGGGGACUCGAUCCCCAUUUAUUUAUUUAAUCAACCGGCAGUGCCAUUACGCAAUAAUUUAAUAUAAUAAGGUUAGGUGGGAUAAGGUAAGACGAAAAAGAGCGUUUUCCAAAAAAAAAUACAUUUCAUUCAUGUCUUCAAAAUAUUGACUUCUUGGGCUCAUUUCACUCAGAAUCAUUUGUACAUUCACGCCUCACACAAGAAAAAGUGUCCUGAAGUUUUGUAUGAAAAAAUAUUUUUCUAGUGCGUCACGUUCAUACAAAGUAAUGCCCUCUCACCAAAUUCAAGGGACGCAUUGAAGACCUUGUGAACCUCAGUGAAAGGGCCAUUGAGUAUCUGAAGAGUGCAAUCCUCAAUCUCUAGAUUAAUAAUUAAAUUGAAUCCAGUAACUGUAAAGCCAUACGAUAAAUAAAUAAAUACAAAUAAAAAAAUUAUACAUAAGUACAAAAAUGUGACGAUCUGGAAAGGAAAUCUUGGUACACAUUUUUUCAUGUAUGAGGCGUGAAUGUACAAAUGAUUCUGAGUAAAAUGAGCCCAAGAAGUCAAUAUUUUGAAGACAUGAAUGAAAUGUGAAUUUUUUUUUGGACAACGCUCAAAUAGUUUAUUUUGCUCGGAGCAAGACAAACAGUGCGAGGACUCCAUACAAAUGUUUAUCCUGCCCCGGUAAUAGUCUUACCCCAUCUUACCUUACAAUCGGCAUUGUUAUUUUAUGUGAGGGAGAUUCUCAUUUUAUCUCAGUGAAAUGAUUUUCAUAUCACAAAAAAAAGCUGGGUGCGUAGCCAACAUACCAAUCGUUUACGCUCCGUAGCUAACGAAACGCAACUGUCACUGUCACACUAGUAUAGAGGAGUGAUAGAGAGACACAAAGCGUUUCGUUGCCGUAGCGCAAGCGAUUGUCACUUUGGCUAGGCACUCUGGUAGCCUAGCGGUAAGAGCGUGUGACUUUCAAUUCGGAGGUCGCGGGCUCAAACCCCGGCUGAUACCGAUGAGUUUUUAGGAACGUAUGUACGAUGUAUCAUUUGAUAUUUGCUAGCCUCUAGAAAGAAAAGUACGGUCAGCAAUAAAUGCUUUUGACAAAAAAACUUAGUACCUACUAAUUGAAAGUAAAGUUGGAUAGUUCUAAGUAUAUUUAUUUUGAACUCAUAUUGCUAGCGAGUACAAAGUAUUUUUAUAUGAAUAAAUGUUGAAUUAUAUUUAGUAUAAAUAAUAAAUAAAUAUUUGGGGACAAUGUUACAGGGAUAGAUCAACUUAGCCCUAAACAAACGGCCUGAUUCUAAUUUUAAUAAACGUAAAAAUUAAAUCUGUAUACGAUAUUUUUGUUUAAAGAAAACGUCAUUUUGACACCAGUCCGAUCCAUAUUAUCGUGUCGAGAUCAAAUUUUUGACGUUUAUUAAAAUUAGAAUCAGGCCGUACAGGCAAUAUGGGUACAGUUAAAAAAAAUUCAGGGAAAAUUCCUAUAUCCUCAAAUUAAUAUAAGUAGAUUAAGUACGAGGUAUGAUAAACUGUAAAGAAAUCUCAAAAAUAGUAAAUUUUUGUAAAUAAACUAUAGAAAAUUAAAAAAGACUAAAUAUAGGGAGUCUCGGUACCGAAAACUAUUUCGUACCUUUUGGCAUCGAGACCCGAGAGUCUCGAGUUUCGGGCCAAGACCCGUGGGGUUCGAACUCGUCUACACUAUUAAAGGAAUUUUAGGAAUUUUGGAAAAAAAUAGCAGACGCCACCGGGCCCACCGGUGAUCGUAGAGCUGGCAGCUUCCUCGCACACAGAAUAAGUACUGCCAUACAGCGAGGAAAUGCUGCCAGCAUCUACGGCACCAUGCCGCAGGGGAAUAGUUUCUAUUCAUUUACUUUUAAGAGUAGUUUUAUUUUUUUAGAUUUAGGUUUUAAGUUUUAUAAGUUAGUUACUUAAUGUUGUUACUUAUUUGUUAUUUCCUUAAUAAAGCACUUUUAAUGUUAACUAUAUGUAGACAUAUUUUUACUACUUACAAAAUAUCUCAAAUUUUUGAAAAGUACAUAAAUUGUAAGUGUCAGAAUAUUUAAGUUGUUUUAAUGAAUUGCCAUUGUUCAGUUAAAAAUACGACGGCUAGAGUGACAUAUGUGAUGAAUGAUGAUGUUAAAUUUAGGUACUUAUAACCUUAACCUCUAGCCGCCCAUACGUCAAACCUUGCCAAGCAAAAUGAAAUUUUAUUUUGUCAACACAAAGUUCAAAUUAGAAUGGAACAGGAGACCUUUUUAUAGGUCUCUGGGCGGCUAGAGGUUAAAACGCCAAAUUGCCUAAAAUAGUAGUGAGAUGACAACUGUCACUGUACCCUUCGUAUUUGAAAAAUACGAGUACUAUAAGUACUUUAGGUACUUUAAUAUUAAAUAAGUACUUAUUUAAUUAUUGAUAUUAAAUGUGGCAUAUUAUUAUAACUUAAGAGUCAUUAUAAGGUAAACUUGAGUAUUACAGUUUUAGUUAGAAACAAUAAAUUAAUUCAGUUUAACAUAACGUUAUAAUUUUUUUGCAUAACGUUACGUUACGUCAACGUGUGACAUUGUUUUUUAAAUAAGUCGUCGGGUGAGAAUACGUUUGUGCCAUACGCCACUUACAUGGUUUACAGGAGAGCGAAAAGAAGCAAAAAAAAUAUUUCUCGGAAAGUUUUACAUUUAGGAAAUAUUGAACGUAUAUAUCAUUUAGGCAAAUAUGUUUACUAUUUAUAUUACCAAAUAAAUAUUGUGAAUACAGUGGUAAUAAUGUAAUAAAAGCAUUUUUAUUUUUGCCAUAUCCGUUUUGAUGAGUAAAUGUUAAACGUAUAAUGUAUGACAUGACACAAAAGUUGUGGAUAUGUCACACUUUUUAAAUUGCGGAUAUGGCACAACAUUUUUCAAAAAUCGUUCUUUUCAAAAACCGAUUAGUGUUAAUUAUAGCAUAUUUUUUGUUAUUUUAGGAAUCAUUAAAAAACGAUUUUCUCAAAAAUGGAUAUGGCACAAACGUAUUCUCAGCCGACGAAGUAUGUAUUAAGUUUUUUAAUGAGAAAUGACAACGGUAAUGGCCUGUCGUAACGUUAUCGUUUCUUACCUAACGUUAACAUUUAAACUGCCAAGAUAUUUUUACAAUACAAAAAAGCUUCAUAAAUGAC